AAAAGGCUCCGAGCGGCUCCGGGAAACUCACCCCGAAACACGAGCCAACAGCCGAAGAAGAGCCGCAGAAGAGCCGCAGAAAAAACCCGAGCAACAGAACCGGAGCUCCAGACCCACAGGCAGAGCCGCUUCUCACGCUGAGCCUGACCCCGGCCGCUCCGCACCAUGAGCUGGAGCUUCCUGACGCGUCUCCUGGACGAGAUCUCCAACCACUCGACGUUCGUGGGGAAGAUCUGGCUGACGCUGCUGAUCGUGUUCCGGAUCGUUCUGACGGCCGUGGGCGGAGAGUCGAUUUACUACGACGAGCAGAGCAAAUUCACCUGUAACACGCACCAGCCCGGCUGCGAGAACGUCUGCUACGACGCCUUCGCCCCACUGUCCCACGUGCGCUUCUGGGCCUUUCAGGUGAUCAUGAUCACCACGCCCACCAUCAUGUACCUGGGCUUCGCCAUGCACAAAAUCGCCCGCAUGGACGACGACGACUACAAGCCCAACGCGAGGAAGAGGAUGCCGAUGGUGAGCAGAGGAGCCAACCGCGACUACGAAGAGGCCGAGGACAACGGCGAAGAGGACCCCAUGAUCCUGGAGGAGAUCGAACCCGAGAAGGAGGUCAAGGAGAAGCCCAACAAGAAGCAUGACGGGCGGCGGAGGAUAAAGCGUGACGGGCUCAUGCGCGUGUACGUGUGCCACCUGUUGGCGCGCGGCGUCUUCGAGUCGUCCUUCCUGUUCGGGCAGUACAUCCUGUACGGCCUGGAGGUGGCGCCGUCGUACGUGUGCACGCGCUCGCCGUGUCCGCACACGGUGGACUGCUUCGUGUCUCGUCCCACGGAGAAGACGAUCUUCCUGCUCAUCAUGUACGCCGUGAGCGCCCUCUGCCUGCUCUUCACGCUCCUGGAGAUCCUGCACCUCGGCUUCAGCGGCGUCAGAGACUGUCUGUGCUCGCCGAGGCCACGCCCACAACGCCACGACGCCGCCCAGCGCCCCUCCCUCUGCCACCAGCCGUCCGCCCCGCCCGGAUACAACACCGCCACCAAGAAGGGCGGGGCCGGGAAGAUGGCCUUCAGAGAUAACCUGGUGGACUCGGGCCGUGAGUCUUUUGGAGACGAGUCUUCAGGUCGGGAGCUGGAGCGUUUGAGGAGACACCUGAAGCUGGCGCAGCAGCAUCUGGACCUGGCCUACGCCAACGAGGAGCCGAGCCCCACGCGCAGCAGCAGCCCCGAGUCCAACACCACCGCCGUCGAACAGAACCGCCUCAACUACGCCCAGGAGAAGCAGACGGCCAACACCGACAAGAGUCUGCACGCGUAGCCCCGCCUCCUUCGCCGUUUAAGACUUUUGGAUCAGACAGAGUUCCCCUCGUCUGCCCCAAGGCCCCGCAGGACCCACAGGACCCACAGGACCCCGGUUUGGAGCAGGCAUCUCUCAGGGCAGCUAAAACCUCUCAAAACCUGAAGGACUGGAAGGAGGAGGAGGAGGACUUUGUUUUUGUGUUUUUUGUUUUUUAAAUGAAGCUGUAGAUUUAAACGGAGGUACUGAAGCGUCCGCGGUUCUGUCCACACUGAAGACACACGUGUCCACACGGAGACAUUCUGUCAAAUCUCGUUUUACGCCGUCCACACCAACACGACUUACGGUUUAAGUUUCUCUGUUCCGCGUCGUUUACAUUUUGUGACGCUGUGUUUGAUCAGAAUUGGGCUUAAAGCUGCGCUGCGUAACAUGACGGGUCAGAUCUGUGGAGAGGCGUCCCUGCUCGCUGAAGGAUUUACAUUUUGGAGCAGCGAGCGCCUCGAACGAACGUGAGAGGAUCUGUUAAUGUCGUACGACUCGAUUAGCAGAACCUCCACCAGGAAAGUUUCACAGUGCAGCUUUAAACGAUUAAUUUCUUCGUUUGUUCAGUCAUGAUCACGUUUAUUUAGAAAUCAGAGCAAAAAAUCCAGUGAAAAGAGUUUACAGACGCACGGCGACUUCACGAAGCUCGAACGACCAAAACCAAGAGACAGAGUAAAGACGACUCUGAGUCGUGGUCGUCGUCGUCCGUCGUCGUCCGUCGUCGUCGUCGUGGUCAUGAUCCGUUCAGAUCCGGUGUGUGUGUUUUGUGUCUCGGUGCGGACGCCGCGUCUGGAGUUUAAACUGUAGAAUGAAGCCUUUUUUGUGCAACAUAAACCUGGACGAAGCUUGAAAAACUUUGACUGAAAAGAAACGCUUUAAUUUAGUUUCAUCUCAUUUUGUACGACUUUUUUUACUUUUGUACUUUUGAUACUUUUGUACUUUUUAUACUGUAAGUUUUUCUACGUGUUUUUAAUAAACUUUUAGCAAAUGUUCAAA